AUGCGCACCGAUGGCCUCACUAACAAUGCAGUCAAGAUGUUCGACGCAUUGUCCAAAGACGGCUUAACCCACGAGGCCCUGGAGCUCUUUGCUCAAAUCAAGGACAAGGGUCAUAUGCCCGACGUCGUUUCACACACUGCCGUCAUAGAGGCCUACGCCAAUGCCGGCAAGACCAAGGAGGCUCUCAAGGUGUACCUGCGCAUGUUAGCCUCUGGGGUCGCCCCGAACGCCUACACUUACACUGUUCUCAUCAAGGCGCUGUCGGCCGACCCCAGCGGUAAGUUCCUUGGGGAUGCCAAGAAGUAUUUGUUGGAGAUGAUGGGCAAGGGAAUGCGGCCCAAUGCCCGCACCUACACGGCGGUGUUCGAGGGGUUUGCAAGGCAGGAGGAGAAGGCAGAGGAGGGGAGGGAGUUGCUGGUGGAAAUAAAAGGUAAGGGGUUUGUGCCGGACGAGAAAGCUGUGAGGGAGGUUCUUAAGAGCAAGAGAGGGCCUGUGGUUAGAAGCGUAAUCAACAUUCUCUUUGGCAAGUAG